AUUAAAUAUUAAUAAACCUAGCAAGCUGUUUCCAAAUACAAAGCAGUUUUUUUUUUCUUUCUUACGUUUUAUAGUUAAAUUCGAAAAUGGAAAAAUUUAAAAUUUUGAUUAUUUAUUUGGGCUUUUCGUUUUCGAUUCCUUAUUUAACUUCAUGUGUAAAUGGCCAAAAUAUAUGUCUGACCUGUGAGAACUUAGAAUCGUGUACAGUAAACGAAACUUUUGUGUCUAAUCACGAGGAUGAUGAUAAUAAAAUAGUAUUAAGGGGACCUCAAGAUGAGUCAGACCCAAAAAUCGAUAAUUGCAUGAUACCCAAUUACACAAUAAAAGGUCAACUAACGGAUCUGGUAUGCUCUACUAGUCAUGAUAACAAGUGUCACGCAAUUCGCCCAGAAAAUAAAAAGGCACCUACAAGCCAACUAUGCGCCGAAUGCGGGUUCAUAUGUGGUUGUACAGGAAAUCUACUGGAAUCACUAGGUGUAGGGAAAGGUGUUGUUGUUAAUUUCAUACUUAUAUUAUCAUGUUUACUAGCGUUUUUCAUUUUGACCAUCUGAAAUAAAAUAUAUGUGAUAAAGUUA